GCCAAUCCCUGAGUUUCAGGAGCUCUCCGUGUUUUCCAGGCUGCCUCUGUCUCGUCCCACUCACACUCUCUGUCAGAGCGCGGCGUUGACAGCCACUGGCCACUGAUCAGCCCAGUUUGUCGGGGUCUGUGUCUCCAUGCAACACUGCUGAGAAAGAAGCUCUGACUCUCGCUUUUUUUGCUUUGAGUGCAAGGCAAGCAGCCCGUCCACGGCAUCGAAAGCACACCAAGUGAAAAAAGCCUUUUUAAGUACAUUUUUAUUCCAGACUCAACAGUGUCCCUCAGCUCCCUGCAACUAUGUCUGGAGAGGACGCACCUGCCCAGCAGCAAAACGCCGUGGACCAGAAGCAGGAGACCAAACCAGCGGAGGAGCCCAAACCCGAGCCGCCCAAAACGGAGUCCGCUCCCGACGGCGCAGCCGAGGCAGCGGCUACCCCAGCGGCCGCCACCGAGAAGGUCCCCGAGGAGGAGGCGUUCAGCUACCGCGCUCUGGUGCUCACCGGCUACGGAGGCUAUGAUAAAGUCAAGCUGCAGGUGAAGAAGGGGAAGCCGGCUCUCAAGGCUGGAGAGGUGCUGGUGCGGGUCAAGGCAUGCGGGCUCAACUUCGCCGACUUGAUGGCCAGGCAGGGGCUCUACGACCGGCUGCCGUCCCCGCCGGUCACCCCAGGGAUGGAGUGCUCCGGGGUGGUGGAGGCUGUAGGAGAAGAAGUGACAGACAGAAAAGUCGGCGACAAGGUGAUGGUGCUGAACCGCUUCGGCCUCUGGCAGGAGGUGGCAGCCGUGCCGGCGAGCCACACCUUCCUCAUCCCAGAGGGCAUGAGCUUCGAGGAGGCAGCAGCUCUUCCUGUCAACUUCAUCACCGCCUACAUGAUGCUGUUUGACUUCGGCAACCUCCGGCCCAACCAGAGCGUCCUCAUCCAUGCUGCUGCAG